AUGAUGAAACCAAUUAGACAUUUGAGACCAUUUUUCACCUAUGGAAAGUUGGGAAUGCUCAGAACAAUCUUUCUUUGCUUAUUAAUGCUGUUGAUUGUCACAUAUUUUGCAGUAAAUCGGGUUGAACGCAAAAAGAAUUCAGAUCUUGAUUUUUGGGACCUUCCUGAAAAUUCACAAUCUUCAGAGUAUAAUAUUGUAAGAAAUGGACAGCCACAAUGGAAACCUGAGUUUCUGGGUCAAGUGAACAUGCACAUUUUUGAAGACUGGUGUGGAGGAGCUGUGGAUCAACUACGGAAAAAUGAUCUGUUUCCGCUGUACCCGCAUUCACGCACCACAAUUAGAAGGCUUGCUGUCUAUCCUGGUUGGGAAAACUAUGGGCUGAGAAUCUUUGGAUACAUUCAUCCUACAAUAAAUGGAGAAUAUGUGUUUGCCAUUGCCUCUGAUGAUAACUCAGAGUUCUGGUUGAGCUCGGAUGAAAGCACCAAAAAUCUCAAACUUUUGGCUUUUCUUGGCAAGGCAGGAAAUGAAUGGGCUGCACCAGGGGAAUAUGAGAAAUUUGCAUCUCAGAUAUCAGAUCCUGUAGAGCUCUCAAAAAAGAAAAGAUAUUACUUUGAAAUCAUCUACAAGCAAAGUGAAGCAAUGGAUCAUGUGGAGCUUGCAUGGCGUCUCAACCAAGAGGACAGCAAUUUUGAAGUAAUUUCCUCUGAGUAUCUGUCACUCUACAGUGAUGAGUCUUCUCUACUGGCAGUGGACAACCAGAUAAUCCCCCAAACAGUGGCCAGUAAAAAACUGACCCCUGACCCUAUCUACAUACCUGAUGUGGACAUGGUCAAAGAAGACAAACGAGAUACUAUGUACAAGCUGCCACUGCUAGAGGAUUCCUUUGUGGAUAAUGCAUUUCCUAAAUGUUCUUACUAUCCUAUUUACAUAUAUGACAACGAUACCAUUACGAGAUAUGAUGGCAUAAAUCAUGUUCGCUACUCGUCAGUGUACCCAAACGACUACACAAGGCUUGCUACUGAGGACAUUAAGGAACAGAAAUGCUUUUAUGAAAAGGAUGAAACAGUUGAGCAGGGAGCUGGAUUUGGUCCAAUGCUAAGAUUUGAAAAAAGACUAGAAGAUGAAGGAAGGGUUAAUAUGAACAAGCCAAACUGGACGCAGAUCUUCAACGUAAAGCCUGUGGACUUCCAUUCAAAGCAGAGUGAUUGGGUUGUCCAAACCUGUAAAAGAGCUGGAAAUAUCAUAAUGCCCCAGAAAGAUGUCAUGCCUAUCAUUAAAGCCUUCAGGUAUCAAAUGAUGUCAACAAAGUACACCAGUGAACUGAUCAUAAAACGAGUGAUAAAUGUGGAGAAGAAAACAAAGGCUGGUGUGGGCAGUCGCUUCCUGCUAGAAAUAGAGAUGCAAGAUAAACAAGGGAAGAAUUUUCUGAUGUCUAAAUAUUUCUACACCACAAAGAACGAGAAAAAUCCAGAAGUGCCUGGGCUCUGCAGCCCAGAACACUUCUCCUGGAACCCAGAAGCAAAAGUCCAUGUUAUUCUGACAGUUAAAAACCAAGGAAAAUGGAUCAUUCAUUUCAUUCAGGAAAUGCAGAGGAUAUAUGAAGAAACAGGAGACAGAAAUUUCAAUGUCAUCAUUACAGACUUCAACAGCACUGAUAUUGAUGUAGAGAAGGAACUGGAAAAUGCAAAUUUACCAGGCUACCAGUUUAAGCGCCUGAAUGGACGUUUUGCUAAAUCACUGGGAAUUCAAUCUGCGAUUGAUCUUGUUCAAGAUGACAACAGUAUUUUGUUCAUGUGUGACCUACACAUCCACUUUCCUUCAUCAAUACUAGAAAACGUGCGUAAACAUAGUGUACAGGGGAAAAUGGUGUUUGCUCCUGUUGUGAUGAGACUGGGAUGUGGAGCCACAUUACAUUCUCCCACAGGUUUCUGGGAAUCUGAGGGCUAUGGUUUGGUCGGGAUUUACAAAUCAGACAUGGACCGUGUUGGAGGCAUGAAUGUUAAAGAAUACAGUGAGAAGUGGGGAGGAGAAGACUGGGAGCUACUGGACAGAAUUAUACUGCACAAGCUUGAGGUCGAGCGAUUACAUCUGAGGAAUUUUGCACACUUCUUCCAUUCAAAACGGGGCAUGUGGAACAAGGAGUGAAGCUUGGACACUUGUUUCUUGUCUGGCUUAUGACAAUAGGCAAUUAUAUAUGAAUAUUGUAUUUAAAGUCUGUAGUCAUUUUCACAUCAUAUUUUUACAUUAUUUUUGUUCAUUUUUCACAUUUUAGAAUAAUGAUGAUGGCAUUAAAAACCAUAAAAAUGAGACUUAUACACAGUGACCAAAAUCUACAAAAUACGUACCCUGAUUACAGCUUCUGUAUACUUUCUGUCUUCCUUAACAUCAGAAUCCUUUAGUAAGUGAACAGUCUUUUAAAAUGUUUCCAUUUCAUUGCUGGAUGUGCGUCAUCAGUUCUCACGUCUUGUGAUUAAUCUACACCCCUCUACAGUAUGUGUUGUUGUUAUUUACCACACCCUACGUAAUAGCUCACUUAUCAUACCUUAAAUACUUUUAGGUUACCUAACCACUUUAUCCUGGUCAGGAUAGCAGUGGAUAUGAAGCCUACACAGUAUAUGAGCUUUGUUAAAUAUAUAUUACUGACAACAGCCUGCUAUAGCUGUGAGGUGGCAAAUGCUACAUCAUCUGCAUCAUCCAUGGUGUAUCUCUGUCUAAUGGCCAACUUUUACAGCACACGCUACGUCCACCACAAACUGAUUAGAAUAAAGCAGUUACAGAACAUGAAAUAGGAACGAACAAAUACAAAAGUAUCUAACUAGCCUAACUGUGUAUAUUACUCUCAGUAUUAUACUGAAUGUUAGGCGUUAGGAAUGAAUACAGUCACUAUUCAACAGUGUUGAUUCGUCCAGUAGGGUUGGAAAAAGAGUGAAGUAGAUGAUAACGAAAUCAGCUAAACUUAAUUUGUUUGCAAAUAUUUGAG